AUGCAAAAUGAGACUGAUGGACAACGAACAAACAGGGUACAAAAGAGAAAACAAGACCGAGCAACCGAAACAGUUGAUGAGCGAGCAAGAAUACUUGAAAUACUACGAGCAGUUUUUCACAAAGCAAGUUCAAAUGAAAAUGACCAAAAAUCAGAUGAGCAGUUGAGUAUGUCUGUUGAUCUGGCAACUGUAGAUAUAUCCUCUGUUCUUGAAGCAGACAAGGAUAAUGAGUCUGUACAUGAGGCAGAGGGGCCAGGGGUGAGUAGAAAUGAAUAUUUACAUGAGGGUGGUUGGCAAAAUGUUGACAACCCUCUGCAUGAGCUAGAGUUUGUACAAAAUGAAAUGCACAGUUUUCAUUUAGAUCAAGAACAUUUAGAGCAUCGACAAUGUACAAUGUGUAAAGAAGCUUGGCCGACACGACAGAACUUAGCAUCAGAAGUAUACAUUUGUUACCGGUGUAAAAGAGACAAGAAAUCACCCAAGAAAUUCAGUGCGGAGAAUGACAUGGAUCCAGGAAUAGUUCCUGAACAAUUGAGAGGUUUGACACAGGUAGAAGAAAUGUUAAUUUCAAGGGUUUGUCCCAUUAUGAGAGUGUAUAGAAAACAUGGGGGUCAGAGGGGGUAUAAAGGACAUGUACUCAACUUACCACAAGAUAUUCAAAGUUUCUUGAAUAGGUUGCCUUCUCGUGUGGCAGACUUGCCUGUCUUGAUUGUGCGAAGACAUGGUGCAGAAGACACACAUCGAGACUUUACUGUGCGUCGACACAAAGCUCUUGAGGCUGUACUAUGUUUAAAGACAAACAAUCCGUUCUUUAAAAAUAUUGAAAUUGAUAGAGAUGGCAUCCAAAGUUUACCAGAAAAUGGUAUUCCUGAUGAGCUAAGGUAUGUCAUUGAUGAAAAUGAGCUUUCAGUUCAUGUUGAAAAUGAGGGGCCUCCCCAAGACCCAGUAAUGAGUGCUAAUGCAAGUGUGGAAGAGUUAGUUUUAGGAAGUGGCAGUACAUCGUUUAUUCCUAUGCGUCAAAGACAGAGAAAAGAAGGUGCGGCUAUCCAAGAUGCAGUAAAUGAGGUUGAUCCGUUAGACUGGCCAUCUACUGAAGGUAAUCUCAUUAAUGAAUUUAAAACAGAUGGUUUAGCUACUAUGGCCUUUCCUACAUUGUUUCCUUAUGGGAAGGGUGACCCAACAAAUAGGGCAAGACAACAUGGUAUAACGUUAACCGAAGCUUUCAAACAUUUAAUGAAGUUUGCAGAGUCGCUUGCAGAUGGUAAGUUUGAAUGGAGGUUUGCUUCUCACCCACGGUUUCCUUAUUGGGCGUUAAAUAUGAAACAACGGCAUCAGCUGUUGUCACAAGCAAACGUUUACUUGCGUCAACAUCCUGCUGAUGCAAACAUGACAAUGGAAGAACUGAAGCAGAUGGUCAAUUCCAUGAGUGCAAAUCAAAUGGUAAAUAGGUUGCAGCGCUAUGUGUCCAAAGUACAAGGUACGAAUCAGUAUUGGUAUCAGCGGCUGCAGGAAUUGCUGGCCCUGAUUGAACAAAAAGGCUGCCCUACUUUUUUCUUUACCUUUAGUGCAGCUGACAUGCAUUGGCCAGACUUACAGAGGCUGUUGCAGAAUGAUGAAGGUGCAAGCAGAUCUGAGCGAGCACAAGCUGUAAUCGACAAUCCCCAUCUGACUGAUUGGUUCUUUAUGCAGCGGCUGCAGGAGUUUGUCAGACAUUGGCUUAAUGGCGUCUUGGAUGCUGAGUGGCACUGGUAUCGAUUUGAGUACCAAGCUAGGGGAAGUAUUCAUUGCCAUGGAUGUGCAAAGUUAAAAAAUGUCCCUGAUAUUCGAAAAUUACGUAAUAAAGGAUGUGUUGCAUUCCUAGAGAGUGAGACAACAAGGUACGAAAUGUCACCUGAUGAUUUUGAAUUGCUUUGCGGGGAUGUGAUAAGACAGGGAGAAGAUGCUGAGAAGUUGUUAAUACAGUAAGAAAAAAUAUUUUCCAUAUUAAUGUUUCCAAUGCGUACUGUACGUAGAUCAAGCUAACUGUGCAGAAUCUGUUGUGGGAUAAUUGUUUCAAUAACAAAAUGUUAUCCUGCAAGAGGCCUUCAAAUGCAUGUAUACCGGCACAAUACCGGAUCAUAAUUAUUGCAGUAGUUACACAAUACCGGAUUUAACCACUGCUGCCUAUUUUGGAUAUUUAAUAAUAUGACUACUACGUACUGUAAAUUAAAAGGCAGGAUAAACUACUGUACACAACUUUUGCCUAAAAUUGUCGCAUACAACCUGCUUAUAUGCAUGUAUACAACUUGAGUGUACUGGGUGAACCAGCACACAACUAUGCCUAUGACAACGUAAGUGAGUAAAUGCAAGUUUAAUACAGUGAAUAACAGUGUCAACUUGUGUCCUUGAUAAUUUACACAGUAAAGCUCAAGUUGUACAAGCAGGUUGCAUAAGGCAAAAGUUGUGUAGUGUAAAUCUGCCUUAAUACACAAAACACUCACCAAAUAUCCAGCUAAUAAUAUAUGCAGAUAGCCAAUCUCCACAAUUUUGAAAGGUCUUUCGCCCAUCUUUUUUAUUAUUAUGCAUAUUUUAUUAUAUUAUAAUACGGUAGUAUUAACGACAUUAACUUUGCUACAUUAAAAUUGAAAAAGUAACAAUAUUUUACAUGCAAACAAAAAUUCCUUAUAAAAUUCCUUAAAAGGUGUCAAUUUUCCUCAAAGGAAUUUUCAAUAAUUUCUGAAGAUUUCAUUGGAAUGUAAGAAAUUACAUAAAUAGAAAGUGGAAAUUUAACUGUGGUCAUACAGGUUUAACAGGAAAAUGUUUCACUCAGUCAAUGGUGUGAUUAAAACUGUUUUAUGACUAAUUCGGUAACAUUUGGCUAAUAGAAAAAGCGCACAUGUUUAAAGUGUCCCUGUCACAAAAUGAGAGUUUAUAUUUUCGAAAUCUAUGAUACAAAAUAUACGGAAAUUCGAAAACGGAAUUGAAAUUGCUUUUUUAGUGUAAAAGUUAUUGCCGUUUAAACAUUGAAUUUGGCCUUGUGAAAAAUCUGAAAACCGCGCAAAAGGGACUGGGACGAAACAAUGCGUGUGACGUAAUAGUAGGAACUUAUGUAACUCACUAAUAUAGAAAUACUAUUGCAUGUACUAUCAUAGAGGAGGCAAUAGCGCAAAUAAAAGUCACGAAACUGAAAAAUUGCCGAAUAUACUGUAUGUGUAGUAGGCGGUUGUUCUAAUGUCACAGAUACAGAGUAAGGCAUUUCACUUCAUUUUAUACCUUUUACUGGAGGCGAGAUGCACGAAGCGAAAAGGAUACGGAUUGACUUCGUGCACCUUAAACCAGCAAUAUGAGAUCCAAUGUUCAGCAUACUUUGCGAAGAUAUAGCUUGCUGGUAAAACCACGGUUAAGCUACCGACGAAAUUGGUUUCGUUGCAAUUCCAAAAUAUACAAAUACUGUCGACGACAAACCUUUGUUUUCUGCGAGAGCCAAGAGAAUGGUAUAUGUAUAAUUUAUACUCUAAUUUCGUUUAUCAUGCACUUGAAUAUGGCCUAGUGCAAUUUUUAUUCCAAAUUCGUUAUUUGAAUAGGUUGUAUUUAGAAGCUGCUUUGAUGCAGUCAACCGAUAUGGUCAUAGUCACGAAACUGGAAAGCGCGAUAAAUAUAAAUGAGCCACAGCCAAUGGAUUCACCAGAAAUAUAAAAUAUCGCGACAAUAUAGCUAUGACUAUGAGUGAAUAUGGUCAAAAUAUAGCUGAUGAAAGCCAAUUUCGUACGUCUACAAGCAAUGUGCACUGUUUGUAUUUUUGUUUAGACAGGGAAAGUAGAAUUGUACGUAUAAGUAAACUUGACGCAGUAAAUUAUACAUAUAUACACUCGUUGUGUUUGCACCGCAGUGAAAACCCGUACAAUAUGCAGAUUUUGUAACAAAUUAAUAUUGUGGCAUGAAACCAGAUACACUGCGGGGGUGUAUAUAAAAUGUACUACAAAGUAUAAUCCAUUGAAGCAACUUAAUGAAAUAACUUAGUCAUUGCCACAUUUACUAUAGUAUAAGGCAGUGCCUGGAACGAAAUACAAGUCAGAAAAAUUCCUAAACGUGCUGCAACAUUUUGUACAAAUUAACCCGCGCGCAUGAAGUGCACAAAAACAUCAGAUACAAAUCUUAACCUCAAAUUUCAGUCUCUUUGGCAAAACAAUAUUGAAGUCAUGAAUAUAGCAAAUGUGCUGUUUCUAUACGCAAUACAGUAUAAUAUUACCACAUUUAGACAGUGUGAUAGGUUUAUUUAUUGAAAAAUAGUUAUAUAAUAUCAAAAGCUGUUCUCUACAAAUCCUACAAAGUCUUCAUCAACAGCAGGUAUUAUUUUCUCAUAUGCGCAAAAAUGUCUAUUUCCUAGUUGUCCAUAAACCAUCCACACAAAGUUUCUAUAUGCUGUGCUCCUUCAGAAUCUAUAAAUUAAUAAAUAAGUAUUUUUAAUAAGUCGCUUACUUGCAUGUGAACACAUGUAAAUAUAUAAUAAUUCAAUAAUUCGGUACAGUAUGUAGCCUACCGUAUAUAAACUCUCAGUUACUGUACCGCAUGCGUGUGUUCACUGAUAGUAAACUCGGGUACGGCAAAGUGUUUCUUAAUUUCAAUAUGUUGAUAAAUAAACUUUAUUUAUCUAUCUUCUGUGCUUGUUUGACAGUAUUUCUGCUUCUUUCUUGUUCGUAAUUUCGUGGCUGCUGAACGGAGAGCUCACGUAUCUAGCCAUAGCUGUUGAAUUAUACAUGAUGGCGCAACUUCAGCUUCUUGCAUCAGUCACAAAUCACAAUGUCAUUGUGUAGAGAAUCGACGCACUCCUCAAUUUGCAUACAACGUUGACACCUUUAGCAUAAUUUACGAAGCAGUUCAAUGCGACAAUUGCCACGUUUAUGUACAUGAAAUAUUAUAGUUUGUAAUUUAUGCACUAGUCAAUCGAAGUCCCGGCCCCCCCCCACCCCCGGGGAUAUACCGGGUUUUAACGGGACUUUGCGGGGAAAAUACAGGCUUUUAGCAAACGUCGCUUGUUUGCUACCCGGGGUUUUAACACUGACUUAAAUAGCCGGGGCAUCAUAGCCGGGGAUUUAACGCCAUUUUUAACGCAAUUGAAAAGCGCUCGGGAAAGUGAUCGUGUGCACAGUAUUAGAUUUGUUUGUACUUUGUAUAUAUUUAUUUGGGAAAUUAUUAUAUUAAGAUAUUAAGCGCUACUUUUGUUGUUUGCAUGAUUUGAGUGAUGUAUUACCUGGUUUAUACCGUGAAUUUAUAUUUUACCCUAUUAACAUGCCGGUAUAUAUGACCUGGCUUUUGCGUACUUUAAUAAUUAAAAACGGUAUUAUUUUAUUCAAUGUGAUUAGAAGCGAACUUUCUCUAAGCCUCAUUUAAGUGUAAUAAUUUUCUUUUUAGUAACGACCAGAAGGCUUUUUUAUAACAAGUUUAAUAAAUUGUAACAACGUUUCGGAGUUUACUCCAUCAUCAGGUUACAUUUAUACGCACUAAACAAACCCGUAUUAUUUUACAAAGGAGCAAAGCAUCUGACAGCCAUUGGCUUCAUUUGAACCAUUCUCCUGUAUUAAUUUUAUAAUAUGCAUACGAAAUUUUUAAAGAACGAACCAGGUAAUGUAUUAACUUUGGCGGAGUUUUAAUGGAAAUAUUAAUGUUAGGUUUUUUAUCAAACUGCGCGGAAAUUUGAAGAAAAAACACCCAAAUGUUUAGGCCCAGUAACCCGGGGAUUUUAACAAUUGAACAAGAUUUUUUAGCCGGGAUUUUAACAACCGUGAAAUGUUAAAAUCCCCGCUUAGUCCCGGGGGUCGGGGGGCCGGGCUUUCGAUUGACUAGUGCAUUACAACACAAGGUCAAGUCACGCAACAAAAUCAGAGUGAAAUAUUUACCAUUUACUCAAUUCUUCUGAACUAUCAAGCCUUUGUUGUAAUUGCUUAAGACGUUCGUUGUGAUUGCUUUUUUUCGCGGUAACGUUUGAGCCAUCUUCGUCCGUCACUGCAUGGUUCAUUAACAUAUGGGUCAAGCAGCGCCGAUCAUUUGUGCGCACGACGUUGACCACGCUUCACUGGUGUUUUCAUCGAUUUCACUCGAUUUGAUACGGCCCAGGAAUAUAAUUUCAGGUAGUCAUCGCUUUGGUAACUGUUAUUUUCCGUAUCUGAACUUCACGAAGACACUUGUAUCGAAUUUUGACCAGCUUGAUUGUGAUUCUCACUUAGUAUUUAUAUACUUUUCACUUAGGCGAGAAGGCAAUGUCUUCCUACUAUGACGUAUUAGUUACCAAUUUCCCAGCUUCGCGGUUUCAAAAACUUUUGCCGUUAAAAUUUGAAAUUUUCAAAUUUCAUUGCCUUAUUACUCUGUGAAAACAAGCUCAAUUUUAAAUCUGUUUUGUAUUUUCAUAAUCUACGUUUCAAGACGAUUCUAAUGAUGUAAACUCUCAUUUUGUGACAGGGGCACUUUAAUAAUAAGUUAUGAUUAUUUUAAAGGUAUGUUGACUGGCUGGUGACAACUUUUAAUGAGGAAUUGCCAGAUGAAAACUGGAGAAUACCAGACCCUCACCCAUCUGCUGUUAGCGCUACAACAGUGGAUAAUCGUGACAAUGAUUAUCACAGGUUAGUUAAUACUGUAGAACGACACACUAGAUGCAGUCCAGCAUAUUGUUUGAAACAGAAAAGAGUGGACCUGCUUGCAGAAUGCAGAUUUGGUUUUCCAAAGCCAUUACAGGAAGAAACAGAACUGAGUCUUGAGCUAGUGGUGGGUAAGAAUACUAAGUCUGUUGAGUCUGAGUUACACACCAAACGAAAUGAUCAAAGGUUAAAUUCACAUAACAGGGUGAUGCUCGAAAACUGGCAGGCUAAUGUAGAUUUGCAAGUCAUUGUAGAUGAGAAAGCUUGUGCAAGAUACAUGGCCAAGUAUGCUGCGAAAGGAGAACCCCGAUCGAAAUCAGCGUCAGAAAUACUAAAAUUGUCUGUGUCCUCAUUACAGAAUGAUGAUCAAGUCUCUUCGGCCUUCAAGAAAGCAAUGAUCCAAGUUGCUGGAGAUAGAGAUAUGGCAGCACAAGAAACUGCGCACAUGCUACUUAGUCUACCACUGAUUGGCUGCACAUUUAGUUUUGUUACUAUUUCUUUAGAUAACAGCAGGAAGGUUAAUAUUGAUGCAGAAAAUGAAGGCGAUGAGGUACUUCAAAAAUCUGCGCAACAAGAAUAUGCAGAACGUACAAAAUUGAAGAGUAGGUAUACAGCCUUGUCUCAGCUAAAUCUGAUGCAAUAUGUGUCAGAGUACACCAAAGUCAGAGGUGAGUUGUCAAAACGAGCGAAUCCGUACAUUGUCAGGACAUUUCCAAAGAUUUCCGCUAAUCCUGCUGGUCCUGAUUUUGGAAAAUACUGCAAAUAUCAACUAAUAAAGUUUAAACCAUGGGAGGGUCAACCAUCAAAUGCUUGGAACAACGAGGAUGAAAGUGAUCAAAUGUUUAUUAAUGCAUAUGAAUUUUUUCUUAUGACAGAUGAAUUUGCGGAAGAAAAUGUGUUUAGGUAUUCCGAUGAAACAGACAGAGUUGAUGAUGCGCAAUGUGGUCAAACCUUUGAAAAUGAUCCAAGUGACAAUCAAGAUGAUGACGACGAAAGUGAAGUUGACCCUGAUGAUGAGGAGGAAGUCGAUGAUUGGAUGUUGUUAUGCAGAAUUAACCAAGAUUAUGGUGAAGCAGGGAAUCGGAUGUCAGACAAUGAAGCAGUGGACUGGUUUGAAACGGUGAGAGCUGUGCCUAAAGAUUUGUUAAGGGAAUCUCCAGGAUGGAUCUAUAGUCAGAGAAAGGAGGCUGAAGAACAUGGUCAGCAUUUUCGAGAAGAUGAUCAACAAUGU